AUGUACACUUCGUACGACGUCGAAGCGGGCGGAUUGCCCGGGUCCUCCGAGAUAGGAGCCAAGCUCGCACGGGAAAUCCGAUUCGCGUUCGUCCGAAAAGUUUACGGAAUCAUUUGUUCGCAACUUGCGCUCACCUUCGCCGUCGCCCUCCUCUUCUCCGUCCAUGACGCCACGAAGCACUGGGUGCAUACAAACGGCGACAUUCUCCUGCUCUUGGGAGGCCUGUCCGGGAUCGGCGUCCUUCUCGCCAUGAUAUGCAACCCCAGCAUUACGCGUCGCUAUCCACAAAAUUACAUUCUUCUCCUCUUCUUCACACUCUGUGAAUCCAUCUGCGUCGGCGCCGUGUGCUCCGUUUACGACCCGGUGAUCGUUUUACAGGCUCUUCUCGCCACGACGAUCAUCGUUGGAGGUCUCACCCUGUUUGCAUUCCAAACGGACUACGACUUCACGUCCUGGCUAGGAGCGGCUUCGUUCCUCUUCUGGGGUGUCUUCGCUCUCGGCCUUCUUCGAGUGAUCUUCUGGCGAGCCAUGUGGUUCCAGAUCUUCGCCUGCGUUCUCUUCGCCGGCGUGUACGGAGUCUACAUCCUCAUCGACACACAUCUCCUCAUCAAACGAGGACGCGUCGCACUCGACGAAGACGACUACAUUCUCGCGGCCGUCUGCCUCUACGUGGACAUUGUCGGUCUUUUUCUGGAGCUGCUGCGGCUCAUCGCCAUCCUUGGCGGCUCGGAAGGAAGAGACUAA